AGUGGCUGGGUGGUAAACAACAACACGUGCAAACCUGCUGUGCCGCCGCCUCGCCGCCCUCCACGAUACAUUUUUCCUCCUCGGCCGCCCUGCACCCCGCGUACCCGAUGAAGGUGGCCACUCUGGAGCACACUUAGUGACCGCAGGUGUGUUAUGCACCUAUACGGGUGCCCUGCGUAUCAUUAAUCCAGAUCCAGAUCCAGCUCUCUCACAGUUGGGUCGCACCUCAAAAUGUAGUGCAUCGUGCCACCAGCUGCAGGGUUACUAAAAAUCAUCUCAAUUUUAUUCUCAACACCCUGAAUUAGUGCCACAGAGACCAUGAAGUACCACAAUGCCACAACCCCACAGCGGCAGGCCCACCGCGCCACCAACACCUUCACCUUCCGCGGCUUCGGAGAAAAGGUGCGCAGCCUGAGGGUCUCCGGCAGCAAGUUCCUCCUGCGCCGCCCCACCACUGACGAGGGAGAGGAGGCGACCUUCCUCCACCAGGCGCUGCUCAAGGCCAGGGAGCUCAACCUUACACAAGCUUUCCAGGAUGCACAAAAUGACCUUGGUGGUGAAGUUCAGAGCCUGGCCCAGCUGGUGCACCAGGAGCAACAGGUGGCCGACUGCCUGGCCUGUCACCUGGCCCAGCCCGACACCCCAGCCCUGCAGCCUCUUCUGGACAUGCUGGUGGCCUUUGCCAGUGACCUGCCGCAGGAGUUCUACCAGCGGCACUUCUACCGCCUGCUGCCAGUGCUCGUGGGUCAGCUGUCAUCGCGUGAGCCAGAGCGCCUGGAGGCUGUUUUCCUGUGCAUAGCAGCGGUACUGGUUGUGGUGCAGCGGUACCUUCGCACCGACCUGCCCCGUCUGUACCACCAAGAGGGGUAUGCCAGUUUGCUGUCACCAGCACACCCUUGGUACAUCAAUGAGCUGGCAGCACAGACCCUCACCUUUGUGGUGCGGAAGGCCCCAGGACAGCCAGCUUUCCUUCGUGGUGCCCUCAUGGGCCUGGGCCGAGGGGAGGGGGGGUCACAGGGGCUGGGCCGGCUUCUGGCAGCAAUCAUGAAGGCUGAUGUGGUGCAGCGGCUGCACAGCACAGCGGGCAGCACACUGGCCACACUCCUUUCCCUGUUGGGGGAGGCCAAGCUUCCUUGUGGCCCAGCACUGGACAGCAUUACCUAUGCAGUACAACAGGUGGCCCACCACAUCACCACCAAACACCCAAACAUAGCCACCUGGCAGACUGGUUGGAGUCAGGAUUCAGCCCUGGUGUGGCCCACACUCUGGAAGGCAGUGGCUGGCCUGCUGCCCCCAGCAGAUGCCCAUGCUGUUCAGCAUCUGCAGGCAGUGAUGCAGGUGGUGCAGGCCUGGGUGAGCUUCAAGCAAGCUGUGCUGGUCACUGAUUUGCCAGAGGCUCUUAAGCAAUGCAUAGCUGUGGCACAGUGCCAGAUGCCAGAAGAGGUUGGUACUAUUGUAUGUGACACUGUGACUGUGCUCCUUACCUCACCUCACCAUCAUUGCCCCAGCACAGUCCUGCACCAGGCCCUGCACAGCCUCUUGGCCUCUCCCCUCACGCACAGCAUCAAGAUCACCUUUGUCGGCAGCUUGUUUGACCUUGACAGGUUUGAUACAGAGGUGCUGCCCGAGGUGCUGCUGUACCUUGAUGGCCUCACUAAGUCUACUGUGGGCCAGGACAUGCAGCAGGAAGUCUUGGCCACACUGGCCACCCUUGUUUUGAAGAAGCAGCCACCAUGUAAGACUGGGGUGGACCUGCCUACUUGGAGACCCUACCCUCUUAGUUUCUCCAAGGCAGAGGAUCCCAUUCCUGCACUCAUUGAGGACAGAAUUCGGGCUGGCCUGGAGGAGGAUCUUUCCAACCUGGAGGAAGUGGCCCUGUGCCUUAUAGUGGUGGCCCAUGUGUCACCACUGGACCAUCAGGAGCUGGCCCCCUACCUCAGCUGGGCAUUGUCGCUGCUGCUGGACACACUCACUGAUGACACUCAGAGGCUGGUGGAGAAUGACAGGCCAGCACCUGUUAAGAGGAAGGGGAAGGCAAGGGCAGAGGUCACAGAUGCCCUGGAUUGCCUUGACCUCAACGUGAAGUGUGACCUGCCGCUGGCCACACGAAGAUCACUGGCCAUCUUAGGGGUGCUGGUGGAAGCCAUGGUGCAUAUUCUGUCAAGGGAGGACUUCCUUGCCUGCCUCCUGCCACGCCAGCUUCUGGAGGUGGUGAAAAAGCGGCCACAGUACAGGGGCAACACACACUUCCUGCGGGCCAUGGAUCUCCACCUCACUGUGGCACAGGCUGAGGGUUGCUCUGAAGUCAUGAAUGAGGAGACUCUAAGGGAAGUGUACAGUAUCCUGGGCCCCUGUCUGGCCUCGUCAGAACCCCAGGCAAGGCUGCUGGUGCUCCAUACUUUUACUUUGUUCCCUCUAAAUCUGCCUCCACCCCCGGAGAAUGCAGAGGCUGUGGAGAGUGUAUUUGAGGUGAUGCUGAAGGCUGAAAGUGUGGCUGUCACGCCCUGGGACUACAAGAACCGUCUACGAUACUUGUCCAUGAUAGACGCUGACCAUGUGGCACCACACCUUCCCACUUGUGGUUUCUUCAAGGAAGCACCCCUGCUGCUGCUCCUUGGACAGCUGUACAUCAACUUUAAAGACAUAUGGGAGCCAGCUCUCAAGGCCAUUUCUGGCUAUGCCCACAGCUUCCCUGACUCUGUCUUCUGGCCACUUUGGUUCUCCCGCCUAACGAUCGCCUCACAUUUCACCAAACAGCUUCUCCAGGGGAAGGAAGUUGACCCUGACAGCAACCUUGGGCUUGAAUUUGAUAUUUUGGAGGACAUUUUUCAUCAUGUGGCAUCCCAUGAUGGGUUUGCAAAGGUCCCCAUCAAGCCAGACCAUCUCAAUUAUCGUAACCUGCUGUGGCGAGCAAUGGCAAUGUUCCCUGGGGUGUGUGAGGCCAGGAACAGGGACCUGGUGCCUCUGAUGUUCACAUUCUUGGAGGAGGAGCUGUACCCUGCAGACUGUACCAUUGCCCCCACACAGGACCUCACCCUCAGGACACAGGGAGAGGAGGACAUAGAGACACCAGAAAUUGUAGAAGAAGCACAAGAAGAAGAAAAAGAUGAAGUAGAAAAAGAAAAAGAAGAGGAAGAAGAAGACGAAGAAAAAGAACAAUCUUCCAUAGAUAAUGAGCAGUCAAGAGAGACACAGUCCAGCCCCUCUGAGGACAAAUUAUCCUCUCCUCAACCACCUUCCACUCCCUCUACUAAAAAAAGCAAAACCCCUCCCCAGCCCCUGACCACUGCCAGCCUGGUCCAGCCCCGCCGUGCCCCCAUCAAGUCUCUCUGUGAACUUCUGACGGUGUUUUCCAAGUUCCACAACCCACGCAUGGUGCUGCACACUGACCGCCUGCAGCACACCUACCAGCAGCUGCUGAGCCACCCCCUCCCGGCAGUGCAGCGUCUUGCCCUGGACUGUCUGAUGAGCUACGGCCAUGCCUACCUCACAGCCUACAAGGAAAGUCUCUACAGCAUCCUGGACGACCGCUCCUUCAAGCAUGCCCUCACACUCUUCAGCAUUGAUGGCAGUGAGCAGAGUGUGGAGGAACAGCACCGAUCAGCCCUGCUGCCCUGCCUGCUGCGCAUACUGUAUGGCAAAAUGUACCACAAGACUGGGCCCAACACUGCUGGCCGGGCCAAAGUGGCGGCCAGAAAGGCAGUGGUGCUCAGGUUCUUGGCUGGGGCUCGGGAGGCUGAGCUUGACACCUUUCUAGACCUAUCCUUUGAGGCCCUGGCACCGCACCUGGAGGGCUCACCAGCGGCGGUGGUGGCUCGCACCCGCACCGAUUUGGACCUGCAGAGGGUGGUGCCGCCGAGCCGCCUCCAGAGUGCCCUCACCACGGUGCAAAACUUUGUGGAAAAGAUUGGCAACUUGCUGAAAGAGCGUGUGCCUUUCCUGCUGAAGGUGACAUUGUAUGUGGCCAGCAUGACUGACGCUUUGCUGGCCCGGCGGGCCGAGAUGAGUCCCCGCCACGUGUCCUUCCUGAAGCACCUGCGUCAGCUGGCCCAGAGGCAGGUGGAGGCCUUCUUCAGGCAGUUUGUGGAGUACUCGUGGUCUGCAGAUGAGCUGGAGGCUGUGUUUGAAGCAGCUGUGUGGCCUGGCUUGGAGCGCCUGCCUGAUGAAGGCCUCUCCUCUCCCUCUCCACUGCUUGGGCUGUUCCGUUGCUGGGCACAGCAUGCCCAUUACAUGCCCCUUCUUGCCUGGCACCAACCCCAACGCCCCACCCUCACUCCCCUUCCGUACGUGGUGCGGCUGCUGCAGCACCCCAAGUGUGGCAGUGCUGUAGCCACUUCUGUCCUGACCUUAGUGGAGGACCUGCUCACCCUGCCCGACCCAGCCCCAGAGGAGGGCCACACACUACCCCCGAGCCCCCACAUGGUGGUGGUGGAGCGCCGGCCAGCCCGGGAGGCUGAUGGGGAUGAGGGCUUGAUGAACUAUGGCACGGCCCUCCUCACCCCCCACCUGGACCCCCUCCUGCAAAGCCUAGGCACUCACCUGGCCAAGCUGGGGCAGGGCCAGGCGAUGGCUACACGUGACCUCACCAUCCUGAGUAGCUUGACACGUUGGGUCACCAGCAAGGAUGUGAGCCAAGAGCUGCUGAGCCUCAUUGUGCCAGUGUUAGCUAAGCGGCAGGUCAAGAAGGAGGAGAAGGUUGCCCAGCUGCUGGCUGCCUGCUGCCACCUGCUUGGGGUGGUGGAUGACCCACAGCAACACCUAAGGCCACUUCUUUCACUGCUGGGGUGGGUGGGCCACCGCCAGGCACGAGAACACCUGUGUCAGGCCCUGAGUGUGCUGGCCAGCCAAGACCCGGCCCUGCAGCAGCUGGCUCUCACUGCCAGUGACCUUAAUGCCUGGAGCAGCCGGGCAGUGGAAGAAGUAGACUUUGAGCGCCGGCUGGCCAGGUACCGAGCCCUGACGCCCCUGCUGACCGAGCUGCAGCACAUUGACCUUCCACUCAGCCUGCUGCUGGUGCACCACAACAUGUUUGUGUUGCAGCAGGAGGAAGACGCAGCGCUGCGGGACGUGGCGGCCCUCUGCCUCACACAGCUGGUGGAUGCUUGUGCCCGCCUGCAAGAAACAGAGCAGCCCCUUGCCAAGCAGGUGGUGGUGGACCGCCUCCUGCCCUUGGUGCGCACAGCCCUUCGUGGGGAGCGGGAGGUGGUGCGGCUGGAGGCCAUGGCUGUGCUGCGCCACAUCGUACACACCUGCUCUGGCCUGCACCCACACCUGACAGACCUGCACCAGCUGGCUGACACCACUGACGAGGACUCGGACUUCUUCAGUAACAUGCGGCACAUCCAGCGACACCGGCGGGCGAGGGCGCUGACGAGGCUGGUGGACAAGCUGGCGGGCAGCACCCUCACCCUGGCACCACAGACACUGACAGACUACGUGGUGCCGAUGGCCUCCGUCUACCUGUUCAAGGAUGAGUACGUUAGUGACGAGUACCUGAUGGGCAGCUGUGUGGCCACACUGGGGGCUGUGGCCAAGUGCCUUUCCUGGUUCCCCUACCAGAGGCUGCUGCGGUACUACCUGUCCGUGAUGCUGAAGGGGGACCUCAAGCACCUACGACUUGGAUUGAAGGUACUUGAUGCCAUCUUGGAGGCUUUUCAUGAAGAAGUGGAGGAAUGUGCUCUGCCAGGGAGGGCCAGGCUGGCAAAGAGGCAAGGAGAGAGCCGGGCCAGGCAGUGGAAAAAGGGCAAAGGAAAGAAGGGGAAGAAGGAAGGGUUAAGUAAACAAUCACUGGAGACUGAGGAGAAGGAAAAGAAAAGUCUACCAGAUAUAGAAGGAAGUGAUAAGGAGCAGAGCAAGGGUGAAGACACCAAAAUGGAAGUAGAAGAAGAGGAGAAAGAUGAGGAAGAAGAGAUGAAUGAGGAGGAGGAAGGGGAGGAAGAAGGGAAAAAGGGUAAGGACACAGGAGCCUCCAGUGCCCUCACCCGCCCCCAGAAGGUGUACCGUGCCCUGGUCACCUCCAUCAUUCCACAAUUACAGCGAACACUUGGCAACCGCACAAGGGCAGAAACAGAACACAAAUUGAACCGCAGCAAGAUCCCGGAGGACGAGGACAUCAAGCGCAUCCCUCUGGCCUUUGCCCUCAUUAAGCUGCUGAAGAAGAUGCCUCGUUCUGCCCUCAACGCCAAUGUCAACAGCGUCCUCAUGAAGCUGAUCACAUUCCUCAAGUGCAAGGCGGAGGGCAUCAGGGAAGAGGCUCGGAACAUGCUGGUGAAGGUGAUGGUGGAGCUCGGAGGACACUACCUGCCCUGGCUGGUGAAUGACCUCCGCAGCAUUCUGACCCGAGGCUUCCAGACACACGUCCUCGUCUACACCCUCCAUGCCGUGCUCUCCCAGCUGCGGCCGAGCCUUGAGCCGGGCCACGUGGAUGCCUGCAUGACCCAGCUGGUUGAGGUGUGCAAGGAGGACAUCCUUGGCCAGCAGGCAGAAGAGAAGAAGGUCAGCCAGAUCACCACCAAAGUGAAGGAAGCACGCAGUGACCGUGGCUAUGACAUCCUUCGCUUCACGGCUGAGUUCAUGUCCGGUGAGGGCCUGAGGGAGGUGGUGCUGCCCCUGAGGGAGGUGUUGGCCCACACGCAGGACAGAGCCAUUGUUGCCAAGAUGGCCCGUUGUCUGACCCGGGUUGCUGGUGGCCUGGAGCGCAACCAGAAUGUGACCAUCACGCAGAAGUCAGUGUUUGUGUACGGCAUACUGACGGAGAAGCUGCCGGAGCUGACAAAUGAUGCGGUGCAGAAGCCAAAGAAGGGCAAGAUUGAGCGGCCAGAUUCCUUCCUUCUCCCUCCUGAGCCAAAGAGAAUAAAAGUUGGCCCCAAGACCUCCCUCAAGGCCACAGCACACAUCCUGGUGGAGUUUGCCCUUCAGCUCCUCUGCAGCCUCAUGCGUCGGGGGCAGCUGCUCCCCUCAGACUCUUCACACGUGGCCCUCCUGGACCCCUAUGUGCCUCUCAUGACCCGCUGCAUCAACUCAGACCACCCGGAGGUCAGCAUUCAGACCCUCAAGUGUGUCAAUUGGCUGAUCAAGUUCCCCCUGCCAUCCCUGCAGAAGGAGCUGAAAAAGAUAUGUGGACAGAUGUUCGUGGUCCUGCACAAGUACGCCUCACCUGAGCUGGCCCACGGGAAGCUGUACGACCUAGUGCAGCUCUCCUUCAAGACCCUGGCGGUGGUGGUGCGCAACGUGGAGACUUACAUGCUCACGGAGGAGGAGGUGGAGGUGCUGCUGGGGUAUGUGUCGGGCAGCUUGGAAGACUCUCGGCAGCAGCAGACAGCUUUCAGCGUCCUGCAGGCGGUGCUGGCCAGGAAGAUGGACUCGGCCAGCCUCCAUCAGCUGCUGGCCCGAGUGAAGGAGAUGAGCAUUACGUCACCCCGGCAGUACCCCCUCCAGCAGGCCAGGGUCACCUACCACACCUACCUCCUCACCUACCCCAUGAAGCCCCGCCGCAUCACCUCAAACAUCUUCUUUUUCCUGGACAAUAUUGCAUACCCAGUGGAGGAAGGAAGACUGUCAGCAGCCACCAUGAUCAGCGCCAUUGUGGCCAACUUCCCGGCCAAGCUGAUCACCCGCUCCGUGGAGACCAGCUUGUGGUUCAAGGUGUCAGAGCAGCUGAUGAAGGAACACUCGCGGGCCAUUCGUGCCUUGCUGCAUAAGAUUCUCAGGGCACUGUUUGAGCGGUCCACACGGAGGGAAAUGUUGAUAGACUUAUGCCUGAAGCUGAUGGUGGAGACUGAAGGUGCCACACCUGACUACACAGCCCUCCAGGUGGCCAGCAAGUCCCUCUCUGCCUUCUUGGAUGUUCCUGUCAAACUGAUGCCUAAGAGCCUCCUGUCUGUGGUCCUCCCAAGGGUGGUGGCCCUCAUCCACCCUGCUAGGUACAUCACCAAUCUUGGUGCUCAGGAGGUCUCGUCAGACAUCCAGGCAAUGGACACCUCUCUGGUUGCCCUCCUGGAAGUCUUGGGAAAACUGGUGGGGGCCUUCCUGACCCAUGCAGAGUGGAGUACGUAUGCCAAAGAUGAGCUGUGGGAGAAUGUACGCAGCCAUUUGUCAUAUCCUCACCUGCAUGUGCGCUUGAGUGUGGCAUCUUUGGUAGGGCAGCUGCUGGCAGCUCACCCAGUGGAGGGCGAGUCAUCCCCUCCCCUGGCAGCUACCCCGGAGCAGGCGAGGGAGCUGGCGGUGGUGCUGUGUGAACUUCUGAGGACGCAGGCCGGCUCAGAGACACAGCUCCUCACUCAGCUGUCUCUAGCAGCCGUGAGGAACUUGAUUUACCUGAUACGACACUCUGUGAAGGUGCCACUGGGGAAGAGGACGCCCAAGACUGAAGACUGUGAUGGCAAGGAUGACGAGGAGCAGCAUGGGGAGGGAGGGGAGAGUGGGGAAGAAGAGGAAGAGACUGGGGAAAGCAUAUUGCAGGGGAGAGACACUAAGCAUAUCAUGAAUGGAAGAAAACAGGAAAAAGAAAAUAUGAAAGACAGAUUAAAAGGUGGAAGGAAAAGCCAAGUAAACUUCACUCAGACAUCAGCCUCCAAGAGAAGAAAAAACAGUGUGGAGAGUGAGGAGGAAGAAGAAAACGAGAUGAUGGAGCACUCAGAUACAGAAGUGGCAACUGAAGAUGAAAAAGAACCACAUAUACAGAAUGAACACAAGGAUGAAGGAGAGAAAGAUCAAAUGAAAGGUGAGGAAGAGGAAAAGGAUGCUGCAAAGGAUAGCAAGUCACUGGUGUCAGCUGCAGUCUGGGUCCUGUAUCGUGUUGGAAACAUGGCAUACGAGGAGCUUAAAGUAGCAGGGUCGGAGCGCACCGUCACUCGAGAGGCCCUCCUGAACCUGAUGGCCGGCCUGCUGGUGGUGGCUGGACCCGAUGCCAAGGCUCCUCGUCUCCUCACAUACAUAAUCAAGCACUUGGCGAGGGAACUGACGGACGAACACCUGCCAGAUGCCUUGAAGGAGAGGACGAGGGAGGUUGCCAACUUGGUGAAGGAGAAAGUGGGUGUGGAGACUUACACAAGACACCUGACAGCUGCCCAGACCGCCCUCGCCAGGAAGAGGCUUGACCGCCGUGCCCAUGAGCUCCAGCAGAAGGUGGUCAACCCGCACCUCGCCCAUCGCAGGAAGAAGAAGAAGCAGGAGGCGUUGAAGGAGUCCAGGAAGAGGAGGAUAGCAGAGAGGAAGGGCAAGAGUGUAAAGGGAGGCAAGGGCAGUAAGGAUGGGAAGGCUACCAAGGACAAGGGCAAGAGCAAGAAGCCUACAAUGAUGGGUGAGGUUCUGGUGAAGGAGUGAGUAAGCCUUCCAUUAGUGCUGUCCGAGUUGAUUAUGACGCCAUUGUUUGUUAUUUAUAUAUCCGUUAUUAGGGCAGAUAGGUACAUUUUUUUAUAUCAAAGAAGAAUCAUAAAUGGGUUUUUUUUUUGUCGUUUUUUAUUUUUUUAUUAUUGUUAUGUCAUUGUCAACAGAGCAAAUAGGUACAAUUUUUUUUAUAAUGAAAGAAGAAUCAUUGAUGGUUUCUGUUUUUAUUAUUAUUAUUAUUAUUAUCAAUUUAAACAUACUGUACAUAGUUGAAUUUUAUUACUGAUGUCACUAAACUAUCAUUUCUUUAGCAUUGACUUCUAUUGUUUCAUUGUUAAUUUAUUGUUUGCUGAUGUGGCAAUAUAUAACUGCCUUCUUUUAAUUAAUGGAGUUGUUAUAAUUGUAAAAACGUAAUAAUUAUAAUUUAACAAAGAGGACAACAGUGGGGAAGGGAGGGAGGGGGGGGGGAUG